UAUGCCUAAUUUGGUGCCUUUGAAGAUCCCUGAUGGGGAAAAAGUAGAUUUCGAUGACAUACACAGGAAGCGAAUGGAGAAAGAUUUAACUGAACUGCAAACAUUAAUCGAAGCUCAUUUUGUAAAUAGAAAGAAAGAGGAGGAAGAACUGCUGGAACUAACCGAACGCAUGGAAAAAAGACGAUCUGAGCGCGCAGAGCAGUUGAGGAUCCGAACCGAGAGGGAGAAAGAGAGGCAGAAUAGAUUAGCAGAGGAACGUGCUCGGAAGGAAGAAGAGGAAAACAGAAAGCGAGCAGCGGAUGAUGUGAGGAAAAAGAAAGCCUUGUCCAACAUGCUGCACUUCGGUGGAUAUAUGCAGAAGACAGACAGAAGAGGUGGAAAGAAGCAAACAGAACGAGAAAAGAAAAAGAAGAUUCUUACAGAGAGAAAAACAUCUCUAAACAUCGAAAACUUAAAUGAAGACAAACUGAGGGCAGAAGCUCAGCAACUAUUUAACCGGAUUUAUGAACUUGAAGCUGAAAAAUUUGAUCUACAGGAAAAAUUUAAGAAGCAGAAAUAUGAGAUCAACGUCCUGCGGAAUAGAGUAACUGAUCAUCAGAAGCUUAAGAGCGCCAAAGGUCCGAGAGCUGGAAAAGGCAUACUGGGAGGAAGAUGGAAAUAACAGAACCCUAAAGAAUCUAGGAAACAAUCCAUUCAUUCUUAAAAAAAGUGUUAUAAAAUAUUCUGAGAUGUGUAAAGGCUCAAUUAUGGAUAUUUAUCUACACAUCUACAAGUGCAAUAGUGGGAA